UGAGCCACCAACGCUGGGGGGGGAGGACCAACAAUGGGUCGCCCGAAGAAGGAGGAGGACCUUGGCCCCGAGGCGGACGAGAACUGGAAGUCCAAGGACCCAAAGGCGCUCGCGCACGAGAUCGCCACCUUCAUGGGCGGAGAGUGGCCCACGAGGCCGGUGCGCAAGGUCCAGCUCGCAAGCGACGGCGUGCCGACGGGCGACGAGGAGCUCUUCGAGAUGACGAAGCUCAACCCGACCCUGCUGUCAGAGAUGUCGCUCAAGACGCGCUUCCUGUUCCUGGAGGUGUACCUGGAGGACCUGCAGGACGUGUACUCCGAGGUGAUGGAGACCCUCAAGGGCGACAAGGUGACGUAUGACAGCCUGCGCAAGUUCAAGCACCUCGCCAUUUCGCUCGCCUUCAACGCGGUUUCGGACGUCUGCCAGCAAGCCUUUGACAAGACCGACUUUGACCCCUUCCCGGAGGUGGCGCCCGACGAGCGGCCGGGCUGCGUGUGCCCGCUCGACGUCAAGGCCUUCACGCAGCAGACCGCCGCCGCCGUCGCCCUCGUCAAGAUGAUGGUCGAUGCCGAGGGAGAGCUGCCGCCCGCCGCCGAGCCGCGCAUCGUCCGCGUCGAGAAGAAGUUCUACUACGACGACAUCUGAGCCGGCCAGCCGCGGCUUCUCUUGUGCCCCCGCAUCCGUCUCUCGUCCCCUCCGCGGUGCUGGUCUGGCAUGUCGAGCGGCAACCAGUCUCCUGUGUGACCAUUCCAACGCGAGGCAUGCUUCAUUGUCAGUGACAUUUCGCCCCAUGCUGUUUUUGUCGGUCUCUCGAGUUGUGCAUGUGGCCCGGCGCGCCACGGCCCGGCCGCCGGCCUCCUCCUAGGCCCCAGCCCUCACCGCGCGGGCAGGAGCGCCAUCGCGGGUAUUAGCUUGUAAUUAUAAGGACGCGCUGGGAGAUCAUGUGCUUACCA